AACUGGAUUGAUCACGACAAGGUCGCCGCCUUGAACGAGGCAACGUCUCUGGGGUUGGAAGGCCAACUUCAGCUCCGUUUCAAUCCCGAGCUCUUCGUUUCCGGAGGCUGUGAUCCCUACCCGGCAGUCGAUGCUUUUGGAAGCCUCGGAGCUGGUUUGAGACCUACUGGUGGCGGACGAAGCGGAUGCGGUAAUGGCGGCACAGGACAGGUCUACGUCCGACGUGGAAGCAGUCAAGGCCGUACCGCCGUCAUGUACUCCUACUACUUCCCCAAGGUCCGCUGGGCCAAGGGAGAUAACAAUGGCCACACCCACUACUGGGCCAGCAUCGUAGUCUGGGUCAACCGCUGGGGCUGUGAGGGCGAUUCGGACGCAUCAGCCGUCUUCCCUGUCGGCGUAUCUUUCACCAAGGACCACACGGUAUGGGACACGGCAAUGACAGGCGACAUCUCCUAUUUGCAGUCGACGCACCCCAAAAUGCAGAUUCACGACAACGCCAUGUCACCGUUCACGGGCGCUGAUGGCGAUGAGGUCUUUGAGCGCACUCUUGUCGCUUGGGAUGCCCUUCCCGACGCGGCUGAGCGCUCGCUGUCCGUUGUUGAGUAUGAGAAGACCCAGGUGCCGUUUGUCGACGCCAACUUCCAGACCAACCUCGAUGCUGCGUACAAGGAAAGCUUUUACGCCGCCUUGACUGAUCAGCAGGGAUGC